CCCAUAAUCAUCCAUGGGCCGCUCCUUCAAUCUCAGCUCACCGUCUCGUAAACCAAAGCAAUCAGACACGUCCAUGGCGAAAAAGAUCGUAACCCGCAUCUGACCCACAACCGCAGAGCCCCGUCAUCGUCUACAUCCCUCGCAGUCCGGCCAAAAACACCAGAGGCAAAGGGUCGACCCCGCCACCAUAUUUCCCGGCGACCGCUUCUCGCUCCGAUCACGUCUCAAGCUGCCAAACAAGGGAAGACGAAACGGAUGUCGACCCUGCAAAUGGCUCUCCUCGUCCCGACCCCUCCACAAACCCUCUGCUUCUCAAGAACCCUUGGUUCCCCGAACGCCCAGCUCUCCCUCCUCCGCACUGAGCUCUCCCACCUCUCCCUCCGGCAGACCCCCAGGACGACGCCAAUCCGAAUGGGCGGAGGGCCGAGGACCUUCCCGGGCGGCGUCUCCAAGUGGCAGUGGAAGCGCAUGCAGAAAAACAAGGCCAAGCAGCUCCUCAAGGCUCGCCUCUCCCGCGAGCGCCAGAUCUACGAGAUGCGCAAGCGGGCCGAGCUCAAGGCCGCCGUCUCCGAGCUCGAGAGGCCGUGGGAGGCCGUCGAGAAGGCCCCGCGGCUGUUCUCCGUCAGCGCGGACGACCAGCUGAAGGUGCUCGCCGACCGGUUCCAGCGGCCCGGAGGGUUUGACAUGUGGACCGAUAGGGACGGGCCACAGGUGUUCGGCGGGGCGGAGACGGAACUUCCGUCCGCCAGGUUUUUCCCGAAAGGGGUUGUGCACAGUGUGAAGCCUUAUGGGAGAAUCGGUGAUGGCAAAGACGACGACUUGGAUGGCAGCUCGGUGGAUAGAGGUGGCGAGGCAAUAAUAGCUCAACAGAAUGGCGGUUACAGGGGGAGGAAAUCUCGCCGGACACGCCAGAGGGGAACGAUUGGCAAAGAGGGGUAUUCGGGUUCCAAGUCGGUCGAAUCGGAUGGGGAGAAUAUGAGUUUUCAAGACUCUGCUGAAUGGAAUGGCGUGGUGGCGGUGAAGAACGAGAAGGAAGUCAGUGUUGGUUUGAGGAAGGGAGGUGAUAGGAGGAGGGACCUUGGUAGGUCGAAUCCGAAGGAUUAUAGGAGAGUUGGGAUUGAUCAGAAGAAGAGAGGUGAGAAUUACUCCAGUCGAGCUCGUGGCAGUAGGAUUGGUGAAAUAAUUAAGGGUUUGAAGAAGCCAAGGGAUUCGUUUUCAGAAGCUUAUGAUAUGAGUUUGCAGCAAGAUGGAAGUUAUGGGCUGUGAAUUAUCGAUAGGUUGUACAACUUAAAUUUUGGGCCUUAGGAUAUUGAAAUUGGCAAGAUAUAAAUUUUCUGCCAAGUAAUAAGACUUGCAUAAUUGGCAAUGGCGCUGAAGGAUGGUCGUGCCGCCCUGUGAUGGAAGAAAUGUAUCUGGAAGACGGUCAGGUGACAGUUCUCAUGUUUUAAGCUGUGCUAGGACUACAUGGAACUACCAUUGCUUACAAUUCGACUUUCUGGCAAUACGCCUUUCUGAAGAAGUCAAUGAGCUGUGGAACAUCUCUCACGUGAGCUUAUUGUAGUGAAUUACUAAUCUGCAACUUUUUUCCUGUAUUUCUUCUCAUGGAGGCAUCAGGCAUGGAUACAAUUUUAGCUUCAGAUUUCGUGAUUUGCCAUUGCAAAUUCAUUUCUCUUAUUGUAUUGUUAGUCUUGUCUCUUACUCUGCAAUGAAUCAAGGAUGCAACCUCCACCUUUUUAUCUGUCACUCGAAUUACUUAUUUUCUGAGCUUUUAAAGAUUUCUGCUUUGGCCAUCUCUUUGGGCAUCUCAUGUUUUUCGUCUUCUGUUGUGUGGCUGGGACGUGGGUUUCAUGUUGUUGCUAUCUAUAGAGAUGGAGAUGAUGAUGCUCAAACGUUUUCUUUUCAUUUUCUGAACAUGUUUAUCUGCUUCAAUGAAGAAGCAGCACCAUCGACAACAGGGACUAUUUACUACAGUUUAGAUUG